CCCCCCCCCUGUUUAACGAACCAAAUCAAACAAACCCUAGACAGUCGCUCCUCUUAUUUUACUCAUCUCUAGUUCAAGAAAAAAUCAAACAAUAUAUCCAACAACUUUCCGCAGAAAAAACCCCUAGUCACUCGCUAAUCAUCUUUAUCAUCUCACUUCUAGGAAUCAGUAAACAAAAAACCCAACUACCUCAUAUCAAAUGGAGACUAUUUAAAUACCCUUUUCAAAUGACGUAUGUUGUGGGAAUAAAAGUUAUUGCUACUACUUACACUGUCUGCUUCUUUAAUGCAAUGGAUGGUGGCUUUGAUGGUGACUUUCCGGCUGGUUUGAAGGUUCUCGUUGUUGAUGAAAACAGGACUUGUCUCCUUGUUUUGGAAACAAUGCUUCGAAAGCUUUCUUAUGAAGUUACCACAUGUCAGCUGGCAAGACACGCCCUUGCUUUGCUUCGAGAAGACAAGAACAGAUUUGAUAUUGUGCUAUGUGAUUUACAUAUGCCUGAAAUGGAUGGACUGAAGCUUCUUGAGAUCAUUGGAUUAGAGAUGGACUUGCCAGUUGUUAUGAUGUCUUCGGAUGAUGGAAAAGGAGUUAUUAUGAAAGGUAUAAUCCAUGGAGCUUGUGAUUAUUUGGUGAAACCAGUUCAAAUGGAAGCGGUUCGACUCAUUUGGCAGCAUGUUGUUCGCAAGAGACAACGUGCCUUGGGAGAUUUUCAGCAGCUGCGUGGGAACAUUCAUGCUACCGGCAGGACAUUGCUAUUAAAACAAGCUAAGAAUGCUGUUGAUCAAAUGCCUGCCAGAGAGAGAAGAAUCUUGAAGCGAGCAAGAGAAAAUGAUGAUGAAGAUGAAGAUGAUGAAGAUGACGAGGGGGAAUUAUCCGAGGAAGUCACCACUGCAAAGAAGCCAAGGGUGAUUUGGACACAAGAGCUCCAUGACAUAUUUGUUAUUGCUGUAAAUCAACUACGUCAACAGGCUGUUCCUAAGAAAAUUUUGGAGCGUAUGCAAGCUAUGAAUGUUACUGGUCUUUCAAGAGCAAAUAUUGCCAGUCAUCUUCAGAAAUAUCGUUUGCAUCUUCGAAAGGGAGGUGGUCAACCCUUGGCUGAUAACAGAGAUGUAAAUCUAAAUCCCUCCAUUGGCCAAGCUUCUUCAUUUAACCAGUUCAACCUCCAAUUUCAACAACCCACAGCCACAGGCAGUUCCUGCAAUCAACUUCCGAUGCAAAAUCUCAUGAUCACCCCACAACCAUGUACCAUCAAUGACUCAGUCGUUCCAGAUUCAACUCAAUGUUUCCCAACUGAGUUGUCUACCAAUGAUCUCUCUCAACCAAACUUGUUAUUCCAAAAUGAUGUUCCCACCUCAAAUGUAGAACAUUUGUACAGAAACGUAGGGGUUAAUGUUUCUGAGCUUUCAAACCCGAUUUCAUCUGUGGAUGAUUCAUCUGUCAAUCAAUUGAUUUAUGAGCCAUCGGUUUUGGUUAGACAAUAUGAUCAAGGGGACUUCUUUCAUGGAGGAUUUCCAAGGUUAGAGACAUUGAGUAUCUAAUCUCUGAGGAGGCAUCCAUGAAAAGGAUUUCAUUCUUCCUACGACAAAUGUUGGUCCUUUAUGAUCUCUGCAGUUCUCUCUUGUUUCAGGCGGACAGAAUAGAUUCCCAGUUUUCUUAACAUUUGAUUUUUCCUUUUAACUUUAGAAGAUGCUACUAGCUUUCAUUAAUCAAAAACCAAAUAAGCUCUUUUCUAAAGAGUUGUAGGUUAACAACGUUUUAUCAAAAUUUGAAAGCUCUUAUGUUCAUUUAAUAAUAGUGUUUAUGAUUUUGA